AUCACUUGCUAAAAUCAUACCAUCCCUUGACUUCAGUCUUCUCCCUUGACUGAGGCACCUUUUUUCUCCCAGCUUUUGUAACUUCUUUAGCACCCAGAACUCAGUACACAUUCUUAAGAUCAAUGUCAUCGAGCUCUUUCACUCCUUCAAGUCGUUCUGACUCGACUUGGACCUAUGAGCAAAACAAGCAGUUUGAGACGGCACUGGCUGUUUAUGACAAGGACACCCCAGACCGAUGGGUGAAUGUGGCCAGGGCUGUGAGUGGAAAGUCUCCCGAGGAAGUCAAGAGACGCUACGAUCGCCUUGUGCAGGAUGUCAACUUUAUAGACUCUGACCAGUACCCACUGCCCAAUUACAAGCCUACCACUGGCACAGGAAUUACUGAUGGACGAAGGCUUAUGAAGAGUCUGAAGCUUUAGAGAAAUCGGAAGUGGGAGAAAUGUUGUGGAAAGAUGUGUAAAAAAUAAUAUGCAUAAGUGUCUAUAUAUAUAUAUAUGAAUCAAUGCUCUGGAUAGUACUAAUGUUGAUGUAUUAAUCUAGAAGGUCGUCUUUGAUGUAAGGUUGAAAUAAACUUUGUAAGGUGAAGCUUGUACUGUUGUACUCUUUCUAAUAAAGUUUCAGAGUCAAGAAAGGGUUCUGGACUUGUUUCAAUUUCAA